ACCGGAAUUUCUGGAUCGUUCAUAUUCGACCAGAUAUUUGGUUAAUUCAACCAAACAUUUUUUUCCGUGCAUGAAUAAAUUUUCAAGUACUCGAGUGAAGAUGUAAUCCAGACAACAUAAUUUUUCAAAGACAUCCUGAGGAUUUCUAAAUGUCCACAUAAGUCCUCAGAAUAUCUCUUGAAGAUCUUGUGCUGUUUGGGUAACCAACCAAGCCAAAGGCUAAUAUCUAGCUAGCAUAGGCUAGUUAAAAUUUAUUAGCUUGUUAGUGGCUGAUUGUUCACUGAAAUAUUGUUGCUUCGUAGAUAUGGGGAUUAUUGAUCUUUUCGGCCAAAGGGUUGUAUUCAGGAAAGGACGGGCGGAGAGGGAGGGAAAGGGUCGACGCCCAGCACACGCGCUUGCGUCGGCAGCGAUCUAGUUAUUUGGCCAUUACCUAUUAAAAAUAAUGAAGCAAAUAGCGCUCUGUCUAUUAUGAAAUACACACGAUAUCCCAGAUUUUCUUCCGCAAUCUGUGGGAACGUAAAACUGUUUUGGGAUAUUCGCAAUAAUCGUCAAGAAUCCUGUCUCAACUAUUAUUGCGAAUAUGGCAAACAUAUAGGACUUUUAGUUCCUCCCAAUCUACGUUCUCACAAAAAUGCGAAGCAGAGUCUGGGACAUCCUGUAUAAUCUAACUACUAUAUCGCCAUUAGCGUUUCAUUUUUCAUAACAAAUCAAAAUUGAAGACAUGUUAAUUUCAUAAAAAUCUUAAAAAAGCAGAGUUAAGCGUUACAUUACUGCUUAGCAACUGCUUAUGAUUUUUCACCUCGUUUUUCGCUAGGAGAAGUAAGUGUUACAUUACUCGCUAGUAGUGAUAUAAGACACAAAUUUACUAUUUCGUCAUUGGACGACGAGAUUCAAUUUCUACUAUUUCUCUCUCAGUGCACAAUAAAAAAAAUGAUAACGAAGAAGUUGAAAAUAGAAAAGUCGAAAAAAAAUUCGCACUUGCAAUUAAUUUUCCGUGCAAGUCGGCUCGAUAUCGCCGGGGUACCUUGGUAACGCCGUUUAUCGAACGUUUUUCGGCGACGCAAGCGCGGCCCUUUCCCUCCCUCUUCGCUCGUCCUUACCCAGCCCGAAGAGAUCAAUAAUUCCGCAUCUAUGAGGCAUCCUCAAGAGCAACAAGAGGGAGCGAUGCACUUUUCAGCCGAUCUGACGUCGCGUCCUUCGAAACUCGCGAUACUACGUGAGAAAAAAGUCUAUGAUAGACGCGUGCAAGCAUCUUGGUCGAUGUCAAAGCCACUCAACGCAGCCAAUAGAAAGGACACCGGUGGAAGACGGCGGCGCGAGGGAGAAUCGCCACGCAUGUAUUCGGACAGAGCAGGAGCCGCCCUCGACGGAGGCACGGGAGAGCAAUAAUAACCAGCCCCCGCCAAUGUCGCAGGAGCCGCCCGAGGAGUCCACUCGUAAACUCCUCGAGAGAGAGCUGCGGCUUCUUGAUCCACGAGAUCUGCGAUCGCAUGCGUGGUACCACGGCAGCACGCUGCGCGGCGGCCGCAAAGGCGCGGAGGCGGAAGUGCCGAACGACGGGGACUUCUUGGUGCGCGAUUGCGCCUCACAGCCCGGCAACUACGUUCUGACCGUACGAUGGAAAGGCCAACCGCUACACUUCGUCAUCAAUCGGGUCGUGAUACAACCGGACACGGUGUACGAGAGAGCGCAGUACCAGUUCGAGGACGAGGCCUUCGAUACAGUCGCCGACCUGAUCACUUUCUACGUCGGUAGCGGCCGGCCGAUUAGCCAGGCGAGCGGGGCACGUAUCAUCACACCGAAGCCCAGAACAGUUCCGUUGACGUGCGUCGCCGCGCCCACGAGUAACCAGCAUUGCUCUAGUCCUUCAUCGUCCUCCCUGUCUACCGGCUCGCCGCCUCGUCUGCCCAGGAAACAGCAACGUAGUCACUCGUUGACCGCCCAACACCACGCCAUCGAUCAGCACGCCGCCCGAGAAAGCAAUCAACAAACAACACCGCAACUGCACGUCCAGUCCAGUACUCUGCCGCGAGUACCGCCUAUUCAAAGCCAACCGCCUUCCUGUUCCCUAUCUCUCGGUCGCCAGAAAAUCACCCGGGUAAUAUCAGACCCGGCGUUGCAGCAGCAACAGCAGCAACAGUCGAGUCUGAAUCACCAGAAUACCCUGAGCACCGCGCCGCCCAAGCCGCCCAGAGUACCUUACGCGCUAAACCACCAGCAUCACCAUCACUACCAUCACCAUCACCACCAUCACCACCAUCAAGGCUAUCAAGCCUCCGGCAGUGACAGCGGCAAUGGAUCCGGCGAUAGCGAGUUUGAAACUAACAACUCCGGCGGCGCCAGCAACCCGUCUUCCUCGGUGCCGAUCAAGGGCGUGGUUAUACGCAGCCAUUACAACAUCAGCAACGACGGUACCAACGGCAACAACGGCAGCGAGUAUGAGCUGUCCGCGGAGGAGCAGCUGGUUGUUGCCGCGCCGUCGCUGGAGAUCACCACGAUGCUCGACAUCGAGGGCUUCAGUACGUUGCUGUUGCCUGCCGGCGAACACAGGCCUCUCGACCCGACCGCCCUCAGAGGAGUCUCGGGAAUGCUGCUGGACUCGGCGCCGCGAAUACUCGCCUCCCAUCUCACGCGACUCGACCUCGAGGUAGCGCUCCAGCCAGGAACGGGGAACAGGAGCGGACUGAGCGGCAUCGAGCUCGCGACCUUGCCGCACGGCAGGCAGGCCAGAAUAGAUCUAAUCGAGAGAUCGGAAUGCCUAAAGCUGUUGGUAGCAGUUACCGUGUUAGCCGGCGCCACGGCUAUAGAAAGAGCGGCUACUAUCAGCAAGUGGAUCAAGGUAGCAAUCGACACCAAAACCGCUCUUGGAAAUCUCUACGGUUUCUGCGGCGUGAUGCUCGGUCUGUGCCUGCCGCAAAUUCAAAGGCUCGCCAAUACGUGGCACCUGCUACGUCAGAAACACACGGACGAGGCAUUCAGCUUCGAGGCGAAGCUCAGACCUACCCUGCGAGCUAUGAACGAAUGUACCAACCCUCAGGCACCCAAUACUACGCUUCCGCAUCUCCUACCGAUCGCCUUACUCGGAGAACGGGGACCCGAAGAUGUUUUAGGUACCGUGGCGCCUUCGGGACUUGCAGCAGCGAUUCUUUCGCCGUGGGAGAACUCCGCGCCUGAUUGCGGCCUGUCAAUCGUCUGGUCGCAUCUUGAAGCCGCUCGUAAACUGGCCGAGAGCCUGCCGCUCUUUCGCAGGAACGCGGAGAUCGCCCUGGAGGGCUGCAGAAGCGACGAGCUUCUGUCCGACGCUUUUCGCACCGAGUUUCACAUCAAGUUCCUGUGGGGUAGCCGCGGUGCCACCGUCGCUCCAGAAGAGCGUCACCUCAAGUUCACCCAGGUCUUGGACGCGAUGUACGAUAAAUGCGCGACCAGCGAGGUGACCGCUUAAAAUAUGACACGAGGAAUUCUACCGAUUCUACCACUCUAUAGAAUUCGCCUGUCCCCAUGAAAAAACAUUCGGAAGAGAUGUCAAUGGACUCUUUCUUAAUAUUUCAUGAUUUACGAAGGCGUCGCGCUACCCAUACAAUACAAAAACGAUGUAAUAUCUCUAGAAUGUCUCUGGAAUAUAUUUCGGACAUUUGUGUUGUAUGGGUAGCGCGAGCAGCAAAGCGUAAGAGAUGCACAGUUAAGGUUCAUAAAAAUUAAUGCAUAGUUAAGGAAACGACGUCAUCUAGUCACUAACUAGAUGUUUUUUCUUUUAGUCGGUUACUAAAUGUAUUCAAGUCGUGCAAUAUCGUAUAUAGUAGCAAUAGUAGUGUAAGUAAUAUCCAGGGUUGGGAACGUUACUUUUUAAAAGUAACGCGUUACCGUUACUUGCGGUAAAAAGUAACUCGUUACCGUUACUUGUUACUGAUUCUAAAAAGUAACGCGUUACCGUUAUUUGAAAACGAUAAAAAAAUCGU